ACUAGUAGAAAGGAAACUGAGACCCUUCUCUCUCUGCAUCUCUCUCAAGUUCAUAUAUAUCACAUCCGGCCGGAACACGUACGAUACCUAGUGUCAUCAGUAUAUCACACACCAAAACCAGUCGGCCAUGGCGACCUUCACGGCACGCCGGAGCGAGCCCGAGGUGCUGUCACCGGCGCGGGCGACGCCGCGUGAGAUCAAGGCCCUGUCGGACCUCGACGACCAGCGCACGCUGCGCUACUACGAGACUGUGGUGGGGUUCUUCCGCAGCAACAGCAGCAGGCCCGAUAAUCCGGCUAGGGCCAUCAGAGCGGCUCUAAUGGAGGCUCUGGUGUACUACUACCCGAUCGCCGGCCGCCUCAGGGAGGACGGUGCAGGGAGGCUCGUCGUUGACUGCACGGCCGAAGGAGUGGUGUUCGUGGAGGCCUACGUGGACGCGCGCCUGGAGGAGUUCGGCGAGCCGCUGCUGCCACCGUACCCUUGUGUAGAGGAACUCUUGUGCGAUGUGGGCGACACGAGGGCCGUCCUCGGCAAGCCAUUGCUCUUCAUGCAGGUAACACGACUCAAAUGUGGAGGCUUUGUCCUGGGUUUUCACAUCUGCCAUAACCUUGCCGACGGUUUUGGCAUGGCACAGUUUAUCAAAGCUAUAGCUGACAUCGCACGCGGAGAAGCGGAGCCAACCAUUUUACCCGUGUGGGAUAGGGAUUUGCUCACAGCACGCAGCAUAGCCCCCAUCGCAAGAUCGUACCCAGUGUACGAAUCGCCAGUAAAUGACUUGGGGAGCACAGCUCGUGACAUGAUGUUGUCCACUCCACCGAGGAGCAUGGUCGCCAGGUACUUCCUCUUUGGGCCAAGAGAGGUAUCAACCUUGCGAGAUCGCAUACCAGCCGGGCAUCCCGCCCGCUCCGCCACCAUUUUCGAGCUAGUGACCGCGGUGAUGUGGCGGUGCCGCACGGUCGCUCUCGGGUACGAGGCCGGCCAGAGAGUGCGCCUCAUGGUCACCAUGAACGCCCGCGGGAGGUGGAACAACCACACCCCGAUCCCAUGGGGAUACUACGGCAACGCGCAUGUCUCCCCCAUCGCGGAGGCCACGGUCGGCGAGCUAUGCCGGCAGCCGCUCGCAGAGACGGUGGAGCUCGUGCGUGACACCAAGCGCCGCAUGACCAAGGAACGCAUGCAGUCGAUGGUGCAGACGGUAGCGUCGCUGCGGGAGUGGCCGCCUUCCGACAUGGACAAGGUAUACGAGGUAUCGGAUGUAAGGUGGAUGGCAGUGAAUGUGCUGAAAUUCGGGUGGGCCGAGCUGGCCGGCGGCGGCAUACCGUUGGCCGGAGACCUCACUUCCAAGUUAGGGAGUGAUCACGUGUGGUGCAUGAAUGAGAAUGGCGAGGUCUCGACUGUGGUGUCAAUGCUGCUGCCGAGGCUAGCGAUGGAGAGGUUUAAAGAAGAGAUCGCGCUAUGGCUGAGCGGCAAAGAUGAAGAGAAGAAUUUAACUCUAAUGAGCUCCCUAUAGGGAAGCUUAUAUAUGUCAUCAGGGUUCUAUGAUACUCUUCACCGGCUAUUAAUUGGGAGGUUACGAAGAUCAAAGUACUUUAAAUCACCCUUGUCAGACGCACAUAUGAUGUUCACAUCCAUUGCUUUUAGAGUUUGGUUAUGAAGUGCAGUGAAAUAUUAAUUAGGAUUUAGAUACAUUUUAUUCAGUUCAUCCAAUUCUAUUGAUAAAUUGUGUGAGUGUCACUAGGAACUGUACUUCUCGGGUUUCUGCCAAACCUGUAUUCUUAAGUGUAAUUCAAAAUGUCUUUAUUGUUUUUAUUUAUAUAUGUUCCUUAUACUGUGUCA